AUGGCAUCACAAGUUAGCCAGACCAUGGACAAACCCGGCAAAAUCACCUCACCCUACGGCAGCUGGAAGUCGCCAAUAUCCAGCAAAGUUGUGUCUGAAAAUGCCGUGGCACUGCAAGAAGUGCGCGUAGACUGGAACACAGCGAAAGCAGACACAGUUUACUGGUCAGAGUUGCGUUACUCAGAGGGUGGUCGCUACGUAGUCUGCUCCGCGACGGUAGGCCAUGAGGGCUACAUCUCAUGGACCCCUGAGGGGUUCAAUGCCCGCACACGCGUCCAUGAGUACGGGGGCGGGGCAGUGUUUGUCUAUGAUGGAGCCGUCUACUUUUCCAACUACGAGGACCAGAGAUUAUACAAACAGACCUCCCCCACAUCGGCUCCAGAAGCCCUUACCCCCAGCAAACAAUGGAGAUAUGCAGAUGGCCAGUAUCAUGUCAAGAAUGGCCGCAUCUAUAUCGUGAGGGAGGACCAUGAGGUGAUAGGUCAAAAUGGCGUCAAGGAAGCUGUCAACACUGUGGUUACUAUUGACCCUAAAACACAGGAACAAAUCGUGCUGGUCAGCGGUGCCGACUUCUACAGCUGCCCGCGUGUCUCCCCUGAUGGCAAGAGGUUAGCCUGGGUUCAAUGGGAUCACCCUAACAUGCCAUGGGACUCCACAGAAGUCUGGGUGGCAGACUUGACCGAAGGUGGUAGCGAUGUAGUGAAAGGGUCAGCCCAAAAGGUGUCUGGUGGUGAUGAUGUCAGUGUGAUAUACCCUGGCUGGACAAUGGACAAUGAACUGUUAUACAUCGGUGACCAAACAGAGUGGUGGAAUCUGUACCAUGUGACCAAGUCAGGUGACCACGUCAACCUUCAUCCUAAACAGGCCGAGGUCGGUUGUCCUCAUUGGAUCUUUGGGUUCAACAAAUACAGCAUCGACCCAACUGGCAGUGGCAAUAUUCUAACCUUGUUUGGACGAGACCUUGGUCUGUUAAACUUGAAGACAAAAGAGUACAAGGCGAUGCAGACAGGGUUUGGCAGCCACACCCUCAUCAACUACUCAGGGGACGGGCAAUAUGCAUAUUGUAUCGCUGACAGCCCUACACAGUUCCCUGUUGUUCUGAGAAUCAACCUCAGCAACACUAAGGUGGAGGUCCUGCGAGAGUCCAAGACCAGCACACUGGACAAGGGUUACUUCAGUAUUCCCACAGAGAUUAGUUGGACAACGGCUGGCAACAAAAUUGCGUACGGUUAUUUCUACCUUCCUCAGAACAAAGACUUCCAGGCACCAGAAGGAACCUUACCUCCCUUGCUGGUGAAAGCUCAUGGCGGACCCACAGCAAAGACGUUUAAUGGGCUCAACUUAAAAAUCCAGUACUGGACAAGUCGAGGCUUUGCAGUGCUGGAUGUCAACUAUAGAGGCAGUACUGGCUAUGGGAAGACAUACAGACAUGCGCUUAGAAGGAACUGGGGCAUCUGUGAUGUGGAAGACUGCUGCAGUGGUGCGGAGUUUCUGGCCAAGGAGGGGAAAGUGGAAGCUAAGCAUUUGUGUAUUGAUGGUGGAUCAGCUGGAGGGUAUACAACCCUGGCUAGCUUAGCAUUCAAAGAUGUCUUCAAGGCUGGAGCCAGUCAUUAUGGUGUGGCUGAUAUUGAAGCCUUAGCAACGGACACCCACAAGUUUGAGAGUCGCUACAUGGACUCACUGAUUGGACCAUACGAUGAGGAGCAUAAACAGUUGUACAAGGACCGCUCGCCGAUCAACCAUGUCAACAGCCUGAACUGUCCUAUGGCAUUUUUCCAGGGUGAUGAAGACAAGAUUGUGCCGCCCAACCAAGCAGAGAUGAUGUACAAUGCUGUCAAAGCCAAAAAACUACCCACAGUAUAUGUGCUGUUUAAAGGUGAACAACAUGGCUUCCGUAAAAGUGAAAACAUUCAGAAGGCCUUGGACGGGGAGUUCUACUUUUUCUCUCGAAUCUUUGGAUUUGAACCAGCUGACAAAGGAAUUGAACUGAAGAUUGAAAACUUGGACUGAAGAUUCCAGUGGUUACCCCAGUGUGUCCAUCAUUGAGUUCAUCCAAUAUAAGUUCUGUUUUCCGAUCAUGCAUGAUUUAGUAACACUGUUUUAUUAUCCUGUUUUUCAUUUAAAAUUUCUAGUGUUCUGGAAUAUGUUACAACGGUCUUGUAAUGUUCUUAAAGUUGAAAUUAUGACUCCUUAAAAAAAUAAAAAAGGCAGUUACUGAUGUACAUCUUGGUAUUGUUGGUAUGUCACCAUGUUACUGCAGGUUUUAAACACCUGGUUAAUACAGGAAUUAUAACA